AUGCCCCCGGCUCUGCUCUCGCCUCCAGACACCGAGAAGAGCCCGGACUACUGGAACAAAGGGGCCAGGAGUAGGCUGGAGUCAGCCCUGGCCUUGCAGCCAGCGGCACGGCGGGCCAAAAACAUCAUCCUCUUCAUAGGUGACGGUGAGGCAGCUCGGAUCUACAAGGGGCAGCUGGCCGGUGGCUCAGGCGAGGAGAGCGUCUUGGCCAUGGAGACCUUUCCCCACGUGGCCCUGGCGAAGACCUACACCAUCGACCGGCAGGUGCCUGACAGUGCUGGCACGGGCACAGCCUACCUCUGUGGGGUGAAGGCCAAUGCCAAGACACUGGGGCUGAGCGGGGCGGCCAUCUACGGCAAAUGCCGCACUGCCUUUGGCAACGAGGUGGACUCCAUCCUGCACCGGGCUAGGCUGGCAGGAAAGUCGGUGGGCAUCGUGACGACCACACGGGUGCAGCAUGCGUCCCCUGGGGCAGCCUAUGCCCACUCGGCCAGCCGGAGCUGGUACGCCGAUGCCAACAUGCCCAAGGAGGCACUGCGGGACGGCUGCAGACAUCGCCUCUAUCAGCUGGUGCACCAACGUGACUGGCAGGUGAUCCUGGGUGGCGGGCGGAUGUACAUGACCCCCAAGUGGACCCCAGAUCCCGAGUACCCGGAGGACCCAGCUCAGAAUGGCACCAGGAAGGACGGCCUGGACUUGAUUGCCAAAUGGCUGAGUGCCAAGCAGGGCGCCCGCUACGUCUGGGACAAGAAGGGCCUGGACGCAGUCAAGGAUGACUCCGUGAGCCACCUGAUGGAGGACAAGGACUACAGGCAGCAGGCAGCCGUGCCCCUGGAGACAGAGACCCACAGCGGGGAGGAUGUGGUGGUGCUGGCCCAGGGCGCCAUGGCCCACCUCUUCCACGGUGUGCAGGAGCAGCACUACAUCGCCCAUGCCAUGGCCUACGCUGCCUGCCUCGAGCCCUACGCCGCUGAGCCCCGGUGCAGGGCAGCCCGGAGGGCCUCCCAGGGCACCCAGCACUCCCCCCAGACCCUGCUCACCCUCCUGACCAUCUGCGUGGCUGCCCAUUUGGUAGGGGGCUGA